AUGAAUGGCUGUUUCUCUUAUUUGUAUGACAUUCUGUGCCGUGCACUGCUCGAACAUGAGAUGACAAUGAGGAUGUACUCAGAUCGCCCAACCAACAGAGUGUAUAAAUUAGUUCAUAAGUGCAAUAGUCAUGACAGUUCGCGAACAAUUAGAGCAGAACGACGUACAGGUUGUCCAAACACCAACGUAAUUCAACAUGCGGAUUUUGACCUGAAUACACUUUUGAAAACAAAUGUAUGCUUUUCUUUCUUUACUUCUCCCACUGAUUUCAUGGAAGCUGACAGUUCACAAUCCGUUCCACUAAAUUUUUCGAACUCAAAACGAAGAACCUAA